AUGGUGGUCUCCGAGAAAGGAUGCCGCGCAGUUUACAGUGCGACAAAAGUAUCACGGGGAAGUAAAGGGCGGCCAAUUGAGGCAUCUGUUUAUCGCGAAAGCUAUUCAGGUCGCAUUGCCGCUGUGUACAGUAACGAUUCCACAAGGUUUGGGGCUCACCAUUACUGUCUGAUUCCCAAAGACGGCUUCCGGCACAAGUUUGAUUGUGAUGCAGAAGAAAGAUUACAAUUGAUUUUUGAUAACAGACGUGCUUCUGCCGAGUGUGAAGAGGAAGGCUAUAAUCUACCAAAUGCCUCUGUCACGCAAAGAGCUCUCUCCAACAGUGCAGUUUUAAAAGUUUUACAGCUCCUGGGACACUUGCUUCAGUUUACUAUUUUGCAAUCGGAGGACCCUGGUUGGUUUCUUGGCAGAGCAUUUAAGUUCACAUCAAGAACUUCCAAUAAUUUUAUUGGAGCAAUUGCGCGCAACUAUAUUUGCAACAUUGCCGGACUUUCGUUUUUGUUGCGAGGAAAACGAUUGCGAGCUGGAUUUGAACCUUUGACAAGUGACCUCAAAAACCUUGAGAAGGACUUGUUGGAAAAGUGGACAUCAUUAUCUACUACAAUUGGUAUCUCAAGUCGGGAAAUGGAGCAACCCCUGACCCAUUCAGAGGCUGAAAUAUUCAUGUCGGAAACAGCGUCUAGUCUAGCCCAGCGACGCAAGGACGAACUUUUGUCAUUGUCAGCUCUGUUGGGAAGAAAGACCUGA